AUGCAAUUUCUAAAAGGAAACGUCUUAUUACCAAGUAUUAAACAUUUACGAUAUUUUGGAGCAAGUGCGGUUUUAAAUGGGAAACGAUGGUUGCCCGACGUUAAUUUCAUGAAACAAUUCGAAGGCGUCGCCUUAUACGCGACACCAGAAAUGGAGAAAUACGCCAAAGUUUAUUACGAUGGAAGAGUGAAACCCAUAGAAAGGAAACUAAAGUACAUGUGGCUUAAUUUUGGCCCACAACACCCGGCUGCCCAUGGCGUCUUACGUCUCAUUCUUGAACUCGACGGUGAAUACGUACUGAGAGCCGACCCUCACAUUGGAUUUUUACAUCGAGCCACAGAAAAGUUAAUGGAGUACAAACAUUACAACCAGAGUUUACCCUUCAUGGAUCGCCUUGAUUAUGUAUCCACGAUGUGUAAUGAAAUAGGUUUUGCCUUGGCCGUUGAAAAACUGCUCAAUAUAGACGUUCCGCCUAGAGCUCAAGCGAUUAGAGUUCUUAUGAGCGAAUUGUCGAGAGUGGCUAAUCAUCUACUGAAUGUAUCCGGUACGGUUCUCGACGCUGGAGGUAUAACACCUUUCUUUUGGAUGUGCGAGGAACGUGAAAAAAUUUAUGAACUAUUCGAAAGAGUUUGCGGCGCGCGUGUUCAUAAUGCUUACAUAAGAGUGGGAGGAGUUAGCCAAGAUAUUCCCAUCGGAUAUCUAGAUGAUGUUCACGAGUUUUGUAUGAAGUUAGGAGAGCGAUGCGAUGAAACCGAGGACCUUGUAACUGGAAAUAGAUUGUAUUACGAAAGAACCGCAGGAAUAGGGGCGUUUAGUGCUCACGAUGCUAUUAACCUCGGGUUCACAGGACCUAUGCUGCGAUGUACUGGCGUAAAGUGGGAUUUGAGAAUAACUCACCCUUACAUAGGUUACGAGAUGUACGACUUUGAUGUACCGGUCGGUACCUUUGGAGACAGUUAUGAUCGGCACCUUCUGCGUUGCAUGGAAUUACGACAGUCUUUAAGAAUCAUAAACCAAGUUAUAGAUACUAUGCCGGAGGGCGAAGUGAAAACUGAUGAUUCGAAGGUGACAAUGCCUUCUAGAGCCGAAAUGAAAACUUCUAUGGAAGCAUUGAUACAUCAUUUUAAAUUGUGCACUGAGGGAUAUAAUGUUCCGCCCGGUGCUACCUAUACAUCUACAGAAUGUCCUAAGGGCGAACUAGGUAUUUAUAUGGUAGCAGAUGGAACUUCAAAACCCUAUCGGGUCUUCAUAAGACCUUGCUCUUAUCUCCAUUUAGCUGGUCUGGCUGUAUUAUCACCUCGUAUGAUGCUUGCUGAUAUAUCUAUUUUAAUUGCUACAAUUGAUAUAGUAUUCGGCGACAUCGAUCGUUAA